AUGUCCAAACCCGGCAACACUAGUUUAAUCCCUGGGUCACUCCUGGAAUUCAAAGCCGGUCGACUCUACCGCGACGGCGAAAGCAACUGGGUCAAACCCGAUUCACGCAAAGGCCUCUGCUACAUCAAAAAGGGCAUCGACGGACUCUUACGUUUUUGUUGGAAAGACUUGGCAGCCAAUGUGGUUGAAGAGGAACUUAUUGUGUUUCCAGGAGAUGUCACGCUGGAGAAGGUUCGGCAGUCAGCGGGGCGCGUCUACGUGUUGAAGUUUCGGACGUCGUCACGUAGGUGCUUUUUCUGGAUGCAGGCAGAGAAGGAAGAGGACGAUAAAGAGGUGGUGAGGAGUGCAAACAAUCUGCUGAGUAUCGGGAUUGAAGAGGAAGAGGAUGAUGAGGAUAUGAUGCAGGAUAAUGAGGAUGAGGGUGACGAGGAAGAGGAGGCGGUGGCGGAGAGGACUCCGGCGGCGUUGGCGAGGAGUGUGUCGAGGGAGGCUGAGGUACUGAGCCACCACCGCGAGCAAUCGGCGUUGGCCAGUGAGACAGCUGGACUGCAGAGCACGCUUUCGUCGGCGCAGGUUGGCGGGGUGCCCGGCGGCAAUCUGCGGCGGGUUUCGCAGCAGCAGCCAGGCGACGACGUCACGCCGAUGGGCAGCGGUGGGCUUUCCUCCGGCAGUGGCGGGCGCAUGGGCGCCGAGGAGCUGAACAAUCUGCGGCAGCUUCUUUCUGGCAUCAGCGUUCCUCCGCCCUCGGAGGGCUUUGCUGGCCAGCAGCGUGGGUUGCAGCAGGGCGCGUUGCAGCUGGGCGAUGUUCUGACAGUGGACAACCUGGCGACAGUGCUGGGCGACCAGAAGAUGCGGCAGGCGCUGUUCCCUACACUGCCUGAGGGGAUGGUUGAGGAUCGGGCGUCGGUAGAGCAGGUUUUGCGCAGCCCACAGUUCCAACAGGCGCUGGCAGGGCUGUCCCAGGCGCUGGCCUCGGGGCAGCUGGCGCCGCUGGUUGGGCAGCUGGGGCUGGCGCCGGAGGCUGGAAACAGCGUCGAGGCGUUUUUGCUGGCAAUCGAAAAGCAGGUCGAGAAGGAGAGGAAGGAGCAGGAGGACAGAGAGGACGCGGACUGGGACACCAACAUGGACGCGUGA